AUGAUUAAUAUACAUGGUAUUGAUAAAUUAACACUUUCUGUAUUCGUACCUUUAUUUGAAUCGAAUACAUUGACGAAAACAAUAUUAAAUCAGAUUUGGAAUGCAGUUAUAAAGACAAAUUCAAUUUCUUCACGUGAUGAUUGUUAUAAAUGUUUAGCAUUAAUGGCACUGGCUCAACAAGGCAAAAUUGUAGAUGAAAAAUUACUUGAUAAUUAUGUAAACCGAGAAUUACCAAUUCCAACAAUAGACCCUGUAAAUGAGUUAGAAGAUCGUUUAAUUCGUAUACUACGUAGUGAACAAGGAAAAGCUAUAUUCUGUUUUCGUUAUGGUGAUCUCUGUUCAUUAGAUACUAUUCAAAUGAAUGUUGCACCUGAGAAAAAAGGUUAA